AUGGCAACUACUCGGUUUGGUGUGCGACAGUAUCGAUCAAAUGGAGAUCUGGCAUUCGAGUACUGGAUUGACAGCGAGGAUCUAGCCACAGGUCCGCGCGACGAUUCCGAAUCCAUCGACCAAGCCGUCCAAGGCGGCUCCAAAAAGGCCCGCACAAUCUCCUCUUGGGUCAGAUUACCCAGCAGCCGUGACAACACCUCGACUUCUUCCACCUCUUCUUCUCCCACCAGCAUGUCAGUCGACCGAUUACAUCAACAUUAUCAAUUGCCGACCAUGUCUCCCUCGUCACCGCAGGAAAAGCGACCGGGGUUUCUGAAGCGACAUUUCCACCACCGACGGAACAGCAGUGUAACGGCAUCUAACCAGAACAAUCCACCCACGUCGCCGCCUGCCCGCGCGCAGACAUUUGAAACCCGAAAUGUCAGCUCGAGCGCAAAGUCGCCUGCAAAUGGAAGUGCGCGGCCGCGAUCCGUGCUGCGCCGGCCGUCAUCCCCAGAAAUCCAUCACGGGGACGAGCGACCAGACUCGCUCCAAGUAGCCGACCAUGAAGCAUCAGUGCAUCAACCGCAAAUUCUGUUGAAUGGAAUGCACGACCAAUUCGAAGGGGUUGAAUACCCGGAUGGCCUGCCGACCCCGCUCAGCACCAACAGCUCCAAGCGAGGGAUCAAGUGGGCCGAGAAUUAUCGUGAUGACGCCGAGCGAAGACCGCGCCGCGACAGCUCAGCGGCGACAGCUCGUCGAUCUUCCAUUUACUCCAAAGCUGCUGAAGGCGGAGGCUACCUUGAGGGAGUCGACCGAGGUGUCGGCUCCAAAGCGCGACGACUUUCUGUGCAUCUUCCCGAAGAAAUCGACGUAGACAUAUGCGUGUUGGAGAAGCAUUUCAAUGUCAUGGCGCGCAUCAGCCAGAAAGACAUUGGCGAAGGCGGCGCUGCCAUUGUGCGUGUCAUGCGAAGCAAGACUGCCGGCCAUGAGAAGCUGGCCAAGGAUCGACUCUACGCGGUCAAGGAAUUCCGAACCCGAGAUCACUCCGAGGAAGAGGAAUGGGAGUAUGAACGAAAGAUCAAGUCCGAGUACGCCAUUUCGAAAUCUUGUCAGCAUCCCAACAUUGUCGAGACAUAUCGGCUGUGUCACUCGCACGAUCGAUAUUUCCACGUGAUGGAAUACUGCGAACUGGGUGACCUUCAAGUUCUGAUUUCAAAGAACUACUUUUCGCGCGAAGACCGAAAUUGCAUGUUCAAGCAAUUGCUGCGCGGCCUGGACUAUUUACAUUCACGUGGCAUUGCUCAUCGAGAUAUCAAGGCCGACAAUCUGCUGGUGAACAAGGACGGUUGUUUGAAAAUCGCAGACUUCGGCACGGGUGAGGUGUUUUGCGGAGAACAUCCAGGCUUGCGAAAUUGCCGGCAACAGUCCAUCAUCGACCCCGAUGCGCCCAUACGAUUGUGCUCGCCUGGCUGGUUGGGAAGUCGUCCUUACAUGGCACCGGAGAUCUACCAACGAACUGGCGAGUACGACCCACGAGCCGUCGACGUCUGGUCAGCAGCGAUUGUGUACGUCUCCCUCUGCGUCGGCGGUACACCUUGGCCCGCUGCAAGCCACGAACAAAAGAACUACAACAUCUACUGCACCACCUGGGACGAGUGGAAGGAAAAGUAUCCGGACGGAGAGAUCAAAGAAGGCCGGUCGCUACCCUCAUUCGCCAACACCAAGCAAUUUCAGAGCUUCGAUGACCUACACACCAAGGUUAUGAUCUUCGGCAUGUUACAUCCAGAUCCUGAAAACCGUUGGACCAUUCGUCAAGCACUAGAGACGAAGACCGUGACCGAGUAUGCAUGCUGCCAGCAAGCUGGAUACAGUGACGACAUCAAGACCCGACAGAAGAAGGCCCUGCACAAUCAUGUCCCUCCAAAAGAUAGCAAAGGACCGAAAUUUUUGAAGGCGUCUUACGCCUAG